GCGAUUAUAUCUAAUCUAAUCAGUAUCCGUCUCCGGCUGUCAAAUCCACCAACAUGGCUUGCAGGCCGUCUCUCUAUGCGUUAUCGAGGCUCUCUUUCAUUCCAAAUACUCGUCCAUUUACCUCGGCCCACUUUCCGAGACAGAAGUCAACUUCUCGCCAACGGCUUUACGCACUUUUAGGUCUUUCUCUUUCUCUUCCAGCAGGAUAUUACUUUUUCCAAUCUUCCCCUUCACUGUCACCUUCUGUAUAUUCCGACCAAGAACUCAAAUCAUCAAAAUCGCUCACACCAUUUCACAAACUCGUCACGAUCAAAAUCCCAUCUUCCUCAUAUGGGUUUUUCGACAAACCUUACAGGUUGGAUGGGGAGGUCGCAGAUGUGAAAGGUGGAGAGGUGGUGAUUCAGCACGUUAUGGUAAAAAGUCCUGAUAUUCAAAUCGAGCGCCCAUACACACUUAUCAACGACCCAAAUGCCGCAAAUGGAGAAAGGGAAAUGCGGAUGGUAGUGAAGCGAGUGCGUGGGGGAGAGGUAGGAAGAGUGGUACAUACUACCAAAGAGGGCGAGAUGCUUGGUGUGCGAGGGCCUAUACCGACAUUCUCUAUUUACCCUCAACGGUAUGACAAAAUCAUUAUGAUAUCAACGGGCACUGCUGUCUCCCCUUUCCUUCAACUUCUCGCGAAGCUUUCCCCCUCAAAUGCUCCAAGAUUAGAACUCAUCCAGGCCCUUCCUGCUCUCUCUUCCAGUACGCCUCCCUUCUCUCAUGAGUCUUUAGACCGAGCCGCACCCAUUAAGUGGGACUGGGUAGACACAAAUGAGGACCCUUCCUUCUUACCCUCCUUGGAGAAAAAGUUUGGAGAAAAACUAAAGAUCACCAGGUUUCCUCAAGGUGCUGUACCUGCAGGCGCAGUGCAGGCAGCUCUCGAGGGAAUGAACAGAGAGCGAGUGCUUGUCCUUGUUUGCCUCCCGCCCUGGUUAAUGCGACCCCUUUGCGGGGGGAUGACCCGCAAUCUUGACCAGGGACCGGUUACUGGUGUGUUGAGAGAGCUGGGCCUAGGAAGCAAACAGGUCUAUAAGCUCGAAUAGACAAACUUUGAGGGAAGACCGCAAACAAUACCCAGCAUUAUUAUAUACCCAUUAUUCUCUGCUUCAUGCUAUUUCUAACAACAGUGUUACAAUAUGGUACAGUGGUAAUUCAGACAUUUUGAUACUAUGGUCAGAAAGAGUCAGCUUAGAAGUUGGAGAAGUCAGCUGUAGUCAUACGGACUAAAAGAUUGUUAAAGGGUUUGGGAGAGUUACGCGUUAUGAUACGAGUGUACGGAUAAUUGUAUCGGGUGUCUCUGAUGGUGUGUCCAGUGGGUUUCCCAUGUCUGAGGCUGGGUAUCUGUUGGCCAUGGUUAUAUAUUGGAAGAAGAGAUCAAGUAUGAAAGGGGA